AUGGGAGCCAUACUGAGUCAACAAGGGGAGGAUAACCAACUUCACCCGAUUGCAUAUAUGUCCAAGUCCUUCUUGGGCGCCAAAGCUAACUAUGAUACGCACGACAAGGAACUGUUAGCUAUCAUUAAGGCAUUAGAGGAAUGGCAAAUUUUCCUAGAAGCAACGGACAAACCAGUACAAGUCUUCACGGAUCAUAGGAAUCUGGAAUAUUGGAUGCAGGCACGGACAUUCAACCGCAGACACGCGCGAUGGCGUAUUUUCCUGAGCAAUUUCAAUUUUGAAAUCCACUAUCGCCCAGGAAAACAAUCAGGAAAACCGGACGCCCUAUCCAGACGAUCAGACUAUAUUGACUCACCUCAGGAACCAGAAGUCAUGCUACCAUCAGAGGUUUUUGCCAAUACGUCAGAAGCUGAACUUGAGAUUGUCACAAAAAUCCAAGAUAAGCUGAAAGAGGACCCAUCCCUAGAACCCAUCAUUCAGUUCCUGACAGAAGAUGCAGACAAUGCACCUCCAUCCAUUCGGAAAGCCUAUUGGGACUAUGAUUGGGAGGAAGAUCUCCUAUGGUACCAAGGAAAAUUGGUGGUUCCAGACUCAGAGGCCCUGAAGGAACAAUUACUCAGGGAAUUCCAUGACUCCCCUUUAGCGGGCCACCCAGGUCAACAGAGAACCCUUGAGCUUCUAAGCCGUAACUACUGGUGGCCAGGCAUGAAAUCAUCCGCCAAGGAAUGGGUAGAAUGUUGCCCCACAUGUCAGGCCAAUCGCCGGGCCCAUGCCCCGGUCAUUGCCCUCAAACCCCUGGAGGUUCCGCCCUAUCCAUUCCACACCAUUUCCUAUGAUUUCAUUACAGGAUUUCCCAAGUCAAAUGGUCACGACGCAAUCUUGGUAGUCAUCAACUCCUUUUCUAAAUUUGGGCAUUUUAUUCCAACUACCAAGAAAAUCACGUCUAAGGGCCUAGCGGAAUUAUUCAUCUCACAGGUGUGGAAACUCCACGGAUUGCCAGUCAGAACAAUUUCAGACAGAGGGACUACAUUCACAGGAAAGUUCCUAAAGGCACUCUACCAACGCCUCGGAGUGAAACCGUCCUUCUCAUCAGCCUAUCACCCGGAGUCAGACAGACAAACAGAGAGGGUGAACCAAUUCAUUGAGUUUUACCUAAGAUCAUACGUUGCGGCAGACCACUCGGAUUGGGCCUCCUGGUUACCAUUAGCAGAGUAUGCCUACAACAAUUCAAAGCACUCUGCCACGGGAAAAACCCCCUUCAAAUUGGUUUAUGGACAAAACCCUGUCAUGAACCCGUCCAACAUUCCAGCAAAUGUGCCAGAAGCCAAUCAUAUAGCAGACACCCUUGCACAAGAAUGGAAGGAAGCGGAGUCAGCUCUGAGGAUGAGUAAGGAAAGAAUGGUUGGAAACAAGGGAGUAGUACCGGAAUACUCAAUCGGAGAUAAAGUCUGGUUAGAUGGAAAAAAUGUGGAACUCAGGACAAACUCCAACAAACUGGACCCCAAGAGGCUAGGACCGUUUGAGAUCACAGAAAAAAUCUCCAGCCAUGCGUACCGCCUAAGGCUCCCGGAAACCCUGAAAAUUCACAAUGUGUUCUACGUAGGAUUACUGUCCAAGGCACACGAAUCCCCUAGCCAACCUUUUCCUGAAAGACCCCCCCCUGAAACAAUAGAAGGGGAAGAGGAGUACGAAGUUGAACAAAUUAUUGACUCCAAACGGCAACAAGGGAAAUGGUUCUACUUGAUCAAGUGGAAAGGGUACGGCCCAGAAGACAACUCAUGGGAACCGGAGGAACUGCUAGAACACAGCCAGGAAGAGAUCAAGCGCUUCAACCAAGCUAGACUCAGAAAGGCUUGUGACGCCGCCAAGAGCCUUUAA